GCAGGCAUAGACAUGCUUGUAACAGAACACAGGCUGAAGCUGAUGAUGAUGAUAAUGAUGGUGAUGAUGAUGAUGAUGACGAAGGUGAUGUGGAUAACACUGAUGCUUUUGAAUAAAUCUGUUUCUACACAGAACAGUGAUACCUUUCAGCCUGACCCAUGGAUCUCUGCUGGUGUUGGUGAGAACGUGACUCUGAGCUGCUUUACGCUGAACGACGAUAACUCUGGAUCUGUCGUUUGGUACAAACAAAAAGUCGGACACGAGCCUCGUGUAAUAGUCGCAGUUCAACAUGAUCACGGUUAUGAAAAUGAGUUCAAACCAUCAAAAUUCAGCAUCGAGAAAAAUAAGAAAAGCUGCCAUUUAAAAGUAACUAACGUGGAACCAUCAGAUGAAGCCGUGUAUUACUGUGGAUACAGAAGAUUCUUAAUGAGGUUUGGAAACGGAACAUUUUUAUCAGUCAAAGGUACUGAAGAUGUAAAAGUGAGUGUGUGGCAGCGUGGCGUGUUGGACUCGGUUCCUGCAGGAGCCUCAGUGACUCUGCAGUGCUCGGUUCUCUUUGAGAGCAGUGCAGCAGAACUCCAAGUGCUCUGGUUCAGAGCUGCUACACCACAAUCCCAACCUCAAAUCAUUUACACUCAUCACAACAGCAACCGUCAGUGUGAGAACGGCUCUUCUACACACACCUGUGUGUACAACUUCUCCAAGAACAUCGUCAGCCUCAAUGAUACUGGAAAUUACUACUGUGCUGUGCUCCUGUGUGGAAAGAUCAUCUUCGGGAACGGGACACAAGUACAGUUAUUCCAGGAGAGAUCUGCAGAUCCUGUAGUGAUGUUCCUCGCUGUAGCGUUGGCACUGUGUGUGGUUUCGAUCUUCGCUUUGAUCUUUGUUCUAAUCUGUAAAAGGACAAACUGUGAACGAAGCAGCGUGAGAUUAAAACCAGGAUCUGAGACGGACAAGAGGCUAAAUCAGGACCGUGACAACGAGGAGCUGAAUUACGCUGCCUUAUAUUUUAAUGAGCGGAGAGUGAAAAAAGGAAGAGACAAAAAACAGAAGCCUCAAGAUAUUAUCUAUUCUGAUGUACGAGGUCUUUCUUUUGGGAUGAACUGGAACUGGAAAGGGGAAGACAUGCAGUAUACAGACCUCAGGCUGAGGACACUGAUGCUGAUAUGGAUUACAGUGGUGCUUUUUAAUAGAACUGCAGAUUCUGAUCAUACAAACAUCAUCAAUCAGUCGGACCCAUUUAUCUCUGCCCGGGUCGGUGAUAACGUGACUCUGCAGUGCUUUCGACUGGGAGAGAAAAACACUGAAGCCAUUUACUGGUUCAAGCAAAACGUCGGACAUGAGCCUCGUGUAAUGGUCAAGGUUCAUCACGAAGCCAGUUAUGAAGAUCAGUUCAAGCCACCGAAAUUCACCAUUGAGAAAGAAAAAAAGGGCUGCCAUUUAAAAAUUGCGAAUGUGGAACCAUCAGACGAAGCCGUGUAUUACUGCGGCAUAGUAAGUUACGUAAAAGCUUUUGGACAAGGAACAUUUUUAACAGUGAAAGGUACUGAGGAUGUAAAAGUGAGGGUGUUGCAGCUCGGCAUGAUGGACUCGGUUCCUGCAGGAGCCUCAGUGACUCUGCAGUGCUCGGUUCUCUCUGAGAGCAGAGCAGCAGAACUCCAAGUGCUCUGGUUCAGAGCUGCUCCACCACAAUCCCAUCCUCAAAUCAUUUACACUCAUCACGACAGAAGCCGUCAGUGUGAGAUCGACUCUUCUACACGCACCUGUGUGUACAACUUCUCCAAGAACAUCGUCAGCCUCAAUGAUACUGGAACUUACUACUGCGCUGUGCUCCUGUGUGGGAAGUUCAUCUUCGGGAAUGGGACACGAAUACAGAUGGAGAGAUCCGUGGGUCCUGAAGUGAUCUGCCUCUCUGUAGCUUUAGGAGUGUGUAUGGUUGUGAUCUUCACUUUGGGCUUCAUCUUAAGCUACGAAGAGAGAAACAGUGAAAGACACAAAGUGAGAUUAAAACCAGAUUCUGUGACAGAACAGAUUCUCAAACAGGACCGUGACACUUUGGAGACGAAUUACGCUGCCUUACAUUUCAAUGAGCAGAAAGUGAAAAGAGGAAGAGUCAAAAAACAGCAAGAUAUUAUCUAUUCUGAUGUUCGAGGUCGUUCUAUAACUUAGGUUAGAUCUCUAAUAUGAUUCAGUGUCAUUAUUUCUGUUCUCAGGGUUAAUUGUUACUGCAGCUGGAUCUUUUUAUAAUGACUGUACAGGCAGGUCAUUUUUUUGUUUGUUUGUUUGUUUGUUUGCUUCUGUAAAGAAAAUCUCCCACAUUGUGCAAGGAAUAAAACAUAUGAUGUUGUGCUGUUGUCGGGAAUAAUCAGCGAUGUUGAGGUAUGAUGCAGCCGGACAUUACGACCCCAAAGGCAUUUAAGGGCAUUUAAGAGCAUUUGUCAAAUGCCAAAGGCAUUUGAGGGCACAAAUAAACAGUGUGUGAUAAUUUACCAAUUAAUAAAUUGCAUUGUCUGGUGGUCACAUGAUAAUGAUCUGGUUUACAAAGUUAUACCAUCCAUCCAUCCAUCCAUCCAUCCAUCCAUCCAUCCAUCUUCUACCGGUUAUCCGAGGUCGGGUCGCGGGGGCAGCAGACUAAGCAGGGAUGCCCAGACUUCCCUCUCCCCAGACACUUCCUCCAGCUCUUCCGGGGGAAUACCGAGGCGUUCCCAGGCCAGCCGAGAGACAUAGUCCCUCCAGCAUAUAAUCUGAGAAAAAAAACAUAUUUUUGAUCUUUUUUUUCUCAUUGUUUUGCUUUUCAAAAGCAGCAUUGAAUUCGAUUGAAUUUUUAUUUAUAUAGCACUUGAUCACUCAUUGAUUACCCUACAUGAUAAUGACAGGAAAACCUUCAGCACAUUAAAUUUACUUAAAUGUAUGGGUUUUUUUUAUUAAUAAUUUACUUUCAAUCUAUAAUUUCUACAACAGUGUUGUACUCUCAGUGACCACAUCAGACAAUAUUCCAUUAUUACUGAAAAUAAAGAAAGUGUGACGAUUUUC